GCGGCCCGCCCCCAGCACCAAAAAGGCGCAAGAGAGUCCCCCAGCCGCGGCCCGCCCCGCCGGGUCCUCAAACAGCCCCUCGUCGGUCCUCCAACCUUCCAGCGAGAAGAAAGAAAGAGCGUCUCGGAAACCACUGAAACUCUGGGGUAGAGCGGCCCCCAAUUUUACCGCUUCCUGGUUCUCCGGGGUGUUGGUCUUCUUGCGAGGAAGGGCUGUGGGCUCCUCCUCUGCCCGGGAGGCUAGUGGGAGCCGCGCGAAGUCGUUGGGAUGAACUCGAGGUGUUAGGUUUGGAGCCCCCGGAUUGCAUUGACCCUGAGAGUACUCACAAUGAAAUUGCUGGGCCAAAAGUGUGCAAGAUUUUAAGACUUUUGAAAUAUAUUGCUACAUCACCCUCCAGAAAGACUCUGAAGCCCCUCAAGUACAAUGACCCAAGCAGAAAUUAAGCUGUGUUCUUUGUUGCUGCAAGAGCAUUUUGGAGAGAUCGUAGAAAAAAUUGGAGUCCACCUAAUCAGAACUGGUAGCCAACCACUAAGAGUAAUUGCCCAUGACACAGGAACAUCACUGGAUCAGGUUAAAAAAGCCCUUUGUGUCCUUAUCCAACAUAACCUGGUGACAUACCAAGUACACAAACGUGGUGUGGUGGAGUAUGAAGCCCAGUGCAGCCGGGUAUUACGAAUGCUGAGGUAUCCCCGGUACAUCUAUACUUCCAAAACGCUGUACAGUGACACUGGAGAGCUAAUUGUUGAGGAGCUGCUGUUGAAUGGCAAAAUGACAAUGUCAGCUGUCGUGAAGAAAGUGGCAGACCGGCUCACAGAGACAAUGGAGGAUGGCAAGACCAUGGAUUAUGCUGAGGUAUCAAACACUUUUGUGCGACUGGCAGACACACACUUUGUGCAGCGCUGUCCCUUGGUACCUGCCACUGAGAAUUCAGACCCUGGGCCACCGCCACCUGCUCCCACUCUUGUCAUUAAUGAAAAGGACAUGUACCUAGUUCCUAAACUGAGCUUGAUAGGAAAAGGUAAAAGGAGGAGAUCAUCUGAGGAAGAUGCUGCUGGGGAGCCGAAGGCCAAGAGACUAAAACAUACCACAGAGAACAAAGAGCCCAUUCCAGAUGAUGGGAUUUAUUGGCAAGCCAACCUAGAUAGAUUCCACCAGCACUUCCGUGACCAAACAAUCGUGAGUGCAGUUGCCAACAGGAUGGACCAGACGAGCAGUGAGAUCGUGCGGACCAUGCUCCGGAUGAGUGAAAUUACCACUCCCUCCUGUGCCCCCUUCACCCAGCCAUUGUCUUCCAAUGAGAUCUUCAGAUCCCUACCUGUUGGCUAUAACAUCUCUAAACAAGUUCUUGAUCAGUAUCUCACUCUGCUGGCAGAUGAUCCACUAGAGUUUGUUGGAAAGUCUGGCGACAGUGGUGGAGGAAUGUAUGUCAUCAACCUCCAUAAGGCUCUAGCAUCCCUGGCCACAGCCACUCUGGAGUCCGUUGUACAGGAGCGAUUUGGGUCUCGCUGUGCUAGAAUAUUCCGGCUAGUUUUGCAGAAGAAACACCUGGAACAGAAGCAGGUAGAAGACUUUGCAAUGAUUCCAGCAAAGGAGGCAAAGGAUAUGCUAUAUAAGAUGCUCUCAGAAAAUUUCAUAUCACUCCAGGAAAUUCCCAAAACGCCAGACCAUGCCCCAUCCAGGACCUUCUAUUUAUAUACUGUGAACAUCCUGUCAGCUGCUCGAAUGUUACUGCACAGGUGCUACAAGAGCAUAGCCAACUUGAUAGAAAGAAGGCAAUUUGAAACCAAAGAGAACAAACGUCUACUAGAGAAGUCUCAGAGAGUAGAAGCCAUCAUUGCAUCUAUGCAGGCUACUGGCGCAGAAGAGGAACAACUACAAGAAAUAGAGGAGAUGAUCACAGCCCCUGAACGCCAACAGCUAGAGACCCUGAAACGUAAUGUCAACAAGUUGGAUGCCAGCGAGAUCCAAGUGGAUGAAACCAUCUUUCUGCUGGAGUCAUAUAUCGAGAGCACCAUGAAAAGACCAUGACCCUGGAGAAGAGUCUUCCUCAAAAGACCUGGGGGGGUGGGAGGAAAAAUACAGUACCUGUAUGCAUUCAUUAUAGUAGAUAAAUUAUAGAUUCUUGUACUGAAACUCCCCCUCUAUUCCUACCACCCAGAAUACACCAGAAAGAGUGUGACAUAUUUUUUAAAGUUUGCAGAUCCUGUCUUAGAUCCAUCACUACAUUCUCCCCUCAUCAAGUCUCUACAGUGGAAACAACCUUAAAUCAACUAGAUUAAUCAUCUGUCACAUGCAUCAGUUCCCACAAGAACUCAGCCAAGACUGUUUGAACAUGGCUGGCAAUUAGAAAGCUCUUCCAAGGCAUUUCAUUCCAUUUUUAAAACUCAAUGCCUUUUCUUUAUUUUGUUGAGCUAUAAUCUUAAAACACACAUACAGUAUGUGGGCAAUGUGGAAGACAACCAUAGAGAGAGAAAAAAAAAAAAAAAAGCCAUUUUCAGAGCUAUCAGGUAGAUUGG